AUGCCAUUGUCUUCGUUUAGCUGCCUAUUAGCCCCGUUGGUCAUGGCCCGUAAUACCGUCGGUCAUGAAGCGUUGGCCAAUGAGGUGCGACAAUCUCCUUACUUUCAACAACUACCCGCAUUGCCGGUCAGCUGCCGUGAGCUGGACGGAGAUACCAGCUCGUUGCCAAUUAUCUUCGAGGAUGUUUUCCUCUCACCGAACUCACACGAUCCGAAACGUGUUCCGUGGUAUCAUCAGUCCAUUUCCCCCAAGGUGAACGGUGUCAACUCUGAUGAUUCUCCGUGCGAGCAAACUGGUCCACCUGCUCGAGGCGAUUCACAACAACAAGUGAACGGUAAAAUUCCUCAGGUCUUGGUACAACAGCCGGACAAUGAUUCACUUCGGGUCAGUGCUGUUGCACGCCCAUCGCUGAAACUGAACCCGCAUCUACGGUAUGACAUGCCUGCACCGCUGACAGCGCACUCACGGAUGAUCUCUAGUUCCACACCAGCACUGCCCGGUUCAGAAUCAACACGGGCCACCGCCACACUACCCCCUGUGUUACGCUAUUUGGGUCAGAAUCGACGGAAGUUCCGGCGUUCCAAUUCCCACGGUCAACGAUCCCUGCAAACAGCCCGUUCGAAGCACCGCAUGUCAGCACUCCCAGAUCCUGUACAUCAUGGCUCCGUCCGAUUAUUGGGCUUUCGUAGUGUGGGAACCGAAGUAGACGAGUCUUUUGUAGAUUCCCGACCUCAUCCUCGACCGACAUCGUUGUAUCUGGGCAAUCAUCAGGACUCCAAAAUGAUGGACCAUCAUGCGGUGCGACUGCGCCCCAAGCAUAUGUCGUUGAAGACUAGAGAGUUUGAUGGAAAACGCCUUCGUUCCUCUAGCAUGGAACAGUUGGACACCGUGAAAACCGACCGAUCAUUCUCCGUUCACGACGUGUCGCUGUCACGGUCGUCUUGUGUUCUACCCUCACAAAACCACACAUCGGAAAUUCAACCGACCACCUUAGAAGAUGGACUAAUAGUUCCCCCAAUGCUUCGCUCAUCCAGUCUGACUACCGCACCCAAACUCCAAAUCGCGAUAGGUACUUUGAGUCGUGCACCUCGGGAACCACCCGGGGGUUGCAUUCCGCCAGCUCACUUGACCAGUGAGCUGGAUUUGUUUCCUACUCUGCAUGAUGGUGGUGCAGCUAAUACUGACGUUGAAUCAUCUAUGCAUGCGUUUCUCCGAUCACGUACUUUGUCCAGUCUUUCUGUCCCGGACCUAGCCUAUGCUUGCGCUAUGGCUCGAGUCAAAUCCGAAUCCGCCCUGGUCGUCCGGGGAACCGAGCGAACUAAAGGACGAUCCAAGUCCGCCAUGUGUCGUGUAUACACCUCAGACUUAGCUUGUCUCGGCUCCUACUCCGAGCUGGAUCUAACUAUUCUCGAGGAUGCCAGCAAUGAGCGGCGCAUUUCACAACCGUACGAUUCAAUCCGGUCCCAGGCGAGCACAAAACCCCUGUAUCAUCGCAUGUCCCGUUCUACUUCCAAUCUGUGUCCGUCGGAACUCAAUGCAGUGGUUAGUCGACCUCCGCUGCUGGUGAAUGGUGUCCGAAAGGCAAAUACUCUAACAUCGUCGGAGCGUACUUCAAUAUUUGGUCGUCCUGCUGCGGUAGGAUCACCGGAAUUGCAUCGCCGACAUGGAGACUCACGAUUACGUGAAUGCGGCUACCAGUUGCGUAGUGAUGUGGAUGAGGAUACGGACGAAGAGAUGACAGGUGAUACGAAGUCCUCGCGGGUACGGCAAGAUGAAAAAUUGAGUAUUUUAGAAUUGCUCCGGGAAGAUGGUCGAAUUCUUAGCAGACAAACCUAUUCGCAUCAUAAUUUGUCCACUCUGAAUGGUUUGAGAAAAUCAGGAUCGGGGAAAUACCGUACACUGGACUCGGUUCCACGUAGGCAAAACACGCUGUCCUCGCAUCGUUCUUAUGCCGUUCUCCACGAGGAAUCAGAUUUGAAACCACUGGUUGAUGUUAUCUCUCCUGGGGUGGUGGAAUUUCUACAACUGAAAGAAAACGUGAAACGUCAGAUCGCUGUGGAUUUCCAAGGUCACGUGUACAGUGAUUUUGCCACGGUGGCCGCUCCGUAUGCAUAUUUCUCCGAUCCACCGAUGCAGAACGACGAAUUGCAUUUAGUGGUGUGUGUGCAUGGUUUGGACGGUGAGUUUUUCUCCAUUUGUGCGUUUGGCAUCGAUGGUUCCACUGUCUCCUAUCCCCCCCCAUUUGGUGGAUGCGGCCGAUAG